AUGAGCGUGAAUAUUGACACGAGGAUGAGUGCGAGUAUUGACAUGAGGAUGAGUGCGAGUAUUGACAUGAGGAUGAGUGCCAGUAUUGACAUGAGGAUGAGUGCCAGUAUUGACAUGAGGAUGAGUGCGAGUAUUGACAUGAGGAUGAGUGCGAAUAUUGACAUGAGGAUGAGUGCAGAUAUUGACAUGAGGAUGAGUGCGAGUAUUGACAUGAGGAUGAGUGCAGAUAUUGACAUGAGGAUGAGUGCAGAUAUUGACAUGAGGAUGAGUGCAGAUAUUGACAUGAGGAUGAGUGGAAAUAUUGAUAUGAGAAUGAGUGCCAGUAUUGACAUGAGGAUGAGUGCGAGUAUUGACAUGAGGAUGAGUGAGUGCCAUGAGGAUGAGUGA